AUGCCGACGCCCAAAGUCUUCAUCGUCCGCCACGGCGAGACCGAGUGGUCGCUGAGCGGCAGGCAUACGGGCCGCACCGACAUCCCGCUCACUGCCAACGGCGAGAAGCGCGUCCUGGCCACGGGCAAGGCCAUGGUUGGGCCGGAUCGCCUGAUUGUGCCCAGCAAGCUCGACCACAUCUAUGUAUCUCCCCGGAAGCGCGCCCAGCGCACCUUUGAGCUCCUCAACCUCGGCCUUCCAGACGGCAUCCUGCCCUGGAAGCCGCACGGCUCCAACUCAUGCGUGGGCCUCGAGUGCGCCGCCGGCGUCCAAGUCACCGACGACAUCCAAGAGUGGGACUACGGCGACUACGAGGGUGUCACCAGCCCCGAGAUUCGCAAGCUGCGCGCGAGCCAGGGCCUCGACCAAGGCGGCAGCGGACGCUGGGACAUUUGGCACGACGGCUGCCCGGGCGGCGAGAGCCCGCAGGACGUGACGAGGAGGCUCGAUAGGCUGAUUGACGAGAUUCGGGAAAAGUACCACCGUCCGGUGCUGGAGAAGACGCAUCCGGAUCCGACGGCCACGGGCAACGUGCUGAUUGUCGCGCAUGGUCAUAUUCUGCGUGCGCUAGCGCUGCGAUGGAGUCGCAGUGAACUGGACGCUGGGCCGACGUUUUUGCUCGAGGCGGGCGGUGUUGGUACACUGAGCUACGAGCAUCACAGUAUUGAUGAGCCCGCCAUUCUGCUCGGCGGCGCUUUCGUCGUCGGUGACGAGUAG